AUGGGAAAGGACAAGGCCAACGUCAAGGGUUGCCGGUUCCGCGUCUCUCUUGCCCUCCCAGUGGGCGCUGUUGUCAACUGCGCUGACAACACUGGUGCGAAAAACCUUUACAUCAUCUCCGUGAAGGGUUAUCACGGCCGCCUUAACCGUCUGCCUGCCGCUGCGCUGGGCGAUAUGGUAAUGGCUUCUGUUAAAAAGGGUAAACCUGAACUUCGCCGCAAAGUGCUGAACGCCGUUAUCAUCCGCCAGCGUAAAAGCUGGCGCCGCAAGGAUGGAACUGUCAUCUACUUUGAAGACAACGCCGGCGUCAUUGUGAAUCCAAAGGGUGAAAUGAAGGGCUCCGGCAUAGCAGGUCCUGUUGCCAAGGAGGCUGCUGAGCUUUGGCCAAAGAUCUCCACCCACGCUCCAGCUAUCGUGUAG